AUGGUGCUGCCAUCUGACGGAUGCGUCAUGCAAUGCGAUGCCACGCUGGUCACCGGCACGUGCAUCGUGAGAAGGGCCCGUAAUGAAGGACCCACCAUCCAUUUCCCAAGAGGUUUAUUCGACCCCGAAACUCAUAAACGGCAUACUCUCUCUCUCUAUGGCAACUAUCAGAGUCCAAUUAGCACGAUAGUUCUUCGUACUCUGGAUAUAAUAACGAUAGUGGUACCACCAGCGCUGCCAGCAGCUAUGGCCGCUGGUAUCGUGUACAGUCAGCAAAGACUCAUUAGGAACAAAGUAUUUUGUAUAUCACCACCACGAAUUAUUAUCUCUGGCAAACUACAGGUCAUGUGCUUUGAUAAGAAUGAGUCCGCUGGUACAAGUGCUGGCUACAUGACAUUCAUUCACAAGUAUACAGGGACAGCUGAAAGGAGAUUCCUUAGAUUUAAUGAUGUUUCACACAAUGGGUCCAGAAAACAAAAAUACGACAACCUGACCCCAGCAAUUGUAAAACCAGAAACAACCCCCAACAUGGAUUUGCAAAAUUUGGAAACAUAUGACCCUUUCACUAUGGAAAUAGAAGUAUCCUAUGAGUUUGGUCUAAUACGUAGAUUCCACUUUUCAUCGUUUCAACGAUCCAUGGGCGUCAUAGCCAGAAUAUUUGAGAAGCCGCAAAUGGUUUACUACGUAAAGGGUGCUCCAGAGAAGAUAGCUGGAAUGUGUGACCCAGCGUCACUACCGGAUAAUUUCAGUGCAAUACUUAACGACUACACGUCAACGGCUUCCGAGUGA